ACAUUUUUCAUCUUUCACUGCUGCUUUUCAGAAGCGUCAGAUCUGCAUUCGCCUUCUCACAUGAAAGCGCCUUAUUAAAACGAAGCUGACCGCUUAUUAUUUCUUAUACAUUAUAACUAACUGGCCUUUGUGAGUUUCGGCGGAGCGCCGUGAUGAAUUUCUCCCUCCGUCACACAGGCGGGCGGACUAAAGCUCUGCUGCUCGUGCUAGCCUGAUCGCUGCUAACGGGCCUGAAAAACCCCGGUCUGAUCUCUAGAGUCCGAUCUAAACAUCUGGCUGAGCUGUAAUCAGAUCCUCCUGCGGAGUAAAGGAGAGAAGAGAGGAUGGCUGGCCGUCUGAGCGCAGAGGAGGAGCAGGCCACUAAGCAGUUUUUGGAGGAGAUCAAUAAAUGGACAUCCCAGCAUGGAGUCUCACCAUUAUCCUGGGACGUGGCAGUAAAAUUUCUGAUGGCCCGCAAGUUUGACGUCCUGCGAGCCAUCGAGCUUUUCCACAGCUACAGGGAGACUCGUUUGAGAGAGGGAAUAGUCAAACUUCAGCCACACGAGGAGCCGUUACGCUCUGAGCUGCUGAGUGGGAAGUUCACCGUAUUGGGUGUCCGGGACCCGUCUGGAGCAUCCAUCGCCCUGUACACGGCUAAACUGCACCAUCCCAGCAAAACGGGGAACCAUGUAGUACUGCAGGCACUGUUUUACCUCCUGGACCGAGCCGUGGAGAGUUUUGAGACUCAGAGAAACGGACUGGUCUUCAUUUACGACAUGGCUGGAUCCAACUACACUAACUUUGAACUGGACCUGAGCAAAAAGAUCCUCAACCUGCUCAAGGGUGCAUUCCCAGCACGGCUGAAGAAAGUGCUCAUCCUUGGAGCUCCUGUGUGGUUUAGAGUGCCAUAUAACUUACUGAGCCUGUUACUGAAGGAGAAGCUCAGAGAACGGGUUCAGAUGGUGAAGAUGGCCGACCUACGGCAACACCUCCCCAGAGACUGUUUACCUGAACACCUGGGCGGCUGUCUGCCUCUGGACGUGCACAGCUGGAACCUGCAGCUGCUGUCUGAGCAGAACGGGCGUGUGGACCCAGUGGACGAGCUGGUGGGGAUUCCCCUGGAGAACACCUCCAUACACAUGCCUGGACCCGAGGGAAUGGGUCUGCCUGAGCUCAUGGCCCACCUGAACCGGGCCCAGCGCAGCGGAAUCUACCUUGAAUAUGAGGAGCUUCGCCGAGAACAGCCACCUGGAACGUUCACCUGUGCUUUGGCUGCUCACAAUCAGGAGCGGAAUCGCUAUGGCGACGUACUGUGCCUCGAUCAAACUCGCGUGCGACUCAAAGCGAGAAGAAACGAGAGAUCAGACUACAUAAACGCCAGCUUCAUGGAUGGAUACAAACAGAAAAACGCAUAUAUUGGGACACAGGGUCCGCUGGAGAAAACCUACGGAGAUUUCUGGAGAAUGGUUUGGGAGCAAAGUGUCCUCCUCAUCGUCAUGACAACCAGGCUGGAAGAAGGAGGCAGAAGGAAGUGUGGACAGUACUGGCCCCAAGAGGAGGGCGGUCAGGAGGUGUACGGACACAUCGCUGUGGUCAAUCAUAGAGUGGACAACCAUGCGCAUUACAACCAAACCACACUAGAGCUACACAACACAGAGACAUUUGAACAGAGGCAGGUGACUCACUUCCAGUUCCUCAGCUGGCCUGAUUACGGGGUCCCUUCCUCUGCUGUGUCUCUCAUUGACUUCCUGUGGGCCGUGAAACAUCAGCAGCAGUGGGCGGUCGAGGCUUUCGGGUCACAGUGGAGGGGUCAUCCACUCGGGCCACCCAUGGUGGUUCAUUGCAGUGCUGGAAUCGGCAGGACUGGUACGUUUUGUGCAUUGGAUAUCUGUCUGUCCCAGCUGCAGGAUGUUGGGACUCUAAACGUUUGUCAGACGGUGCGACGGAUGAGAACGCAGCGUGCCUUCAGCAUCCAAACACCCGAGCAGUACUAUUUCUGCCACACGGCAAUCCUUGAGCACGCCCAGAGACAGGGCCUGCUCUCUGCCAAUCAGUGAGCAACAAGGGCCCCUCUUAGCCAAUCAGAGACAGACAGAGCCAAAUCUCAGCCAAUCAGUGAGAUACAGGUCCUGCUCUCGUCCAAUCAUGAAAGACAGGGCUUGUUUUCUUACCCGUGGGCAGACCAAUCACAAUGACUGCGUCUUUGUCAGUAGCCAAUCAACUGCCUGAUUUACCAUGACUGAUCCAGACCAGUUAUUUCAAAAUUAUUUCCUUUAACGAUUGGCAGCCUAUAUAGUAACCAUAAAAGACUCUGCUGUAAAGGGACACCUGUAAGUGUUCAGUGGUCUAGCUGUUAUGUAGUUUUCAUAUUCUGUGACUGCAGUUUAUUCAGUGAAUUUUGUCAAAAUGUUCAAAAUUCACGUAUUUCACAAGAAGCUUCAAAUUUGCUUAAAUAUAAAUUGACAAAAGCCAGAACUGGAUGUACACAAACAUUUCUUUUUCCUGAGAAAUAACUGUAAAAAUGACAAAAGAUUCACUAUAAAACUUUUCAAGGGAUAGUUCACACCCAAAAGAUAGUUCUGUCACCAUUUACUCAUCCUCAUGUCGUUCCAAACCCAGAUUUCUUUCUUCCAUGGAAUGCAAAAUUCACUUGUAUGGACAGAAGAUGCAAUGAAAGUGAAUGGUGACUGAGGCGAAUAUGUAGUCUCACAUCUCCUUUUGUGUUCCAUGGAUGAAAAAGUCAUACAGGUUUGGAACAACAUAAGGGUGAGUGAUGCCAGAAGUUUCAUUUUUGAUAAACCUUUGAGUUAUUUACACUUUGUACUAGUUUUGUCUGUUAAUAUUGUACUAAUAAUCUGUUUAAAUUUCUAUCUAAAAGCAUGUAAAGUGCAUUUAGAUCACUUUUUAUUUUGUUGUGGGGUGAAAGAGUCUUUGCUCCACUGAGUUCAUAUUGAAUUUGGCUGUAGUGAAACAUCUGAACACACUCCCGAUGAUUCCAGGAUCUGCAGUCUUGCCUUAGUGGGCACAAAAUGUGACCAAUUUUAUUUUUCUAUUAUAACCAAGUUUUAUGUCCUUAAUUAUUACUCUACUUCCAAAUAUAUACAGUACAUAAAUUAUAUUUUCUUUUAUAUUCGAUUUUAUCUCAUAUUUCUUUCUUGUUCAUUAUGUCAAUUAAACUAACCUAUAAUGUCAAUAUCAAUAUGUUUGCAACAGUUCUAUAAGUGACCAAGUGCUUUUGAGUACUAAGUAGCUAAAGAGCCUUAUUCUGGACAUGUACGUAUGGAUUGUGAGAGAUGUUUAUGUUGACGAUGCCUUAGUGUCCCGCUCUCUCUCAGAAUCGACCUGUGCUCAAACUGCAAUGUUAUUUGAGCAAAACCAAAUCAAAAUCAUGUGUUUUAAAGUUUAAUAAAUGGAAAGAACUAUCUAUUGAUUGUGUUUUAAUUCCAAUCUCAGACUAUAACAGAAAAAGUAAUUACAUUACUAAUUACUUUUAAGUCAAUAAAUUCAAAAUAAUGUCGAUUUUCUCAUUGUUCAUUGUCAGACACCCAUCAGCUGUCACAGAAAUGCAAACAGACGUACAUAUGAAUUCACAUUUUAAUUGUAUUAUUAUUAGAAAUAUUUGUAACCCAAGUAAUGUACUUACAAGUACUUACUUUCAUUGAAAGUCAGUAAUUGUAAUCUGAUUACAAUAAUUAAAAAUGUAAUGGGUUAAACUACUUUUUGUGACUAAAAGUAAUUACUUUGUAAUCCAAUUACACACAACACUGUUCUUCAUAAAUCUCAAUGAACUAAAAAAAUAAAGGUACUUCAUUUGUGAUGAUUAGCAAUUUAUAAUAAA